AUGUUAGAUGCUGAUGUUAUUGCUUGGGAUUUGCCAAUUUUGACUGUUAUUGAAAUUCAGGGAGAAGUUGUGAUGAAAGCUCGGCUUAGUCAGCAGUUAUCGAGUGUCCUUCCAGCCACUUUUCCCGAUCUUUCUGUUGCUUCACAAAAAUCAUUGCUGUCACACUUUGAUGGAAUUCAAUUGGAGGCUUUGAAACAAGGGUGUAGCAUCAGAGACAGAGCAAGGAUCAAUACUAUAGCUUCUCCUUAUGCUGGAGCCUGCUGUCAGCCAUUGUCCACUUCUCUACCGGAGCCUAAUGCGAUUGGUGACGAUUCAGCAACAUUGGAGACUAUAGCUUCCCAUUCUAGAGAACGUACAGACCAGUCUGACUGUUUGAUAGCUGCAGACCUUCGUGAUUUAGACACAUCUGUCAGACACGUAGAAGAAAUGAUUUCUACUCCUGUACGGUCAGGCAAACUCAGUUCAAGAAGACCUCUGUUUCCAUCUACACUUAGUCCAAUAUACUCUCCAUGUCCCUCUGUGAAUUGUUCAUCAGGUUCUGAAACAGAUGAGAGUAAUGAAGAUCAAGAACCUAGAAGAACGGCUGACUUGAAGACUUUACUGACUACACUAGAUGAAUCUGACCAGUCAUCUGAAGAUGAAUACCGAUAUGAAAGUGACACUGAUUGUACUUCUUCUGAUGAUGUUGAUGAGCUUGAUGCCAGUUAUCUGGAUGACAUAACCUUGUCCCCAAGCACUCACCAUGCUUCAUCACAUGACAUUGUCGAUGUCACAACCUCACCUGUCGGAAGCAAGGAAGUUCUGGAUGAUCAGUUGACUGUAAAGGACAUGAUUAUCCCAACGGUACAGUUUGGAAUUAGUGACAAAGAUUCAGGUGGACAGAUGCCUACCUCAAGUCCAUCUUCUGGAGCUAUUCCUGUUGUACGUGUCUCAGUGCAGCCAAUAGCAAUAACACCUAUCACUAUCUUUGAAAAUGAUCUUGAGAAUAGGCUGAAGUUACCCAGGGUUGUGUGUGAUGAAGAUUGCAUAUUGCAGUUGCUUGGAAAAACGUGCAGAUAUCCCUUCUGUUGGGAAGAGAUAUCGGUGCAGAAGAAGCAUAUUGGCAGCACAUUGACAUUGCAAUGGCACUGCAAGAAGUUCCACCAAGGCUCAUGGAGUAGUUCUGCACGAUGCAAAUCUCAAAAUGGAUACCCAUUCUUCAUAAAUAAUCUUUUGUUUGCUGCUUCAGUUUUUCUGUCUGGAAACAACUUCUCAAAAAUUAGUCUCUUGUGUCAGUUCUUUAGAUUGAAUUCUAUAUCACAAUCGACCAGUAGUUCUUGCUGGUGA